AUGGAUGAGAUAACUGUUGAAACAAAAAUUGGUUCUAUAAAGGGAGAGGUACACGUGAGGACAAUCGAGCCGUUUGGAGAUCCUCUUCGUGUACGACAAUUUCUCGGAGUACCUUAUGCCGAGCCACCUAUAGGUGCUCUUCGUUUUGAGAAACCUAAAAUGAAACAUAAAAUGAAUGAAGUGUAUGAUGCCACAAAAUAUGGACCCUCGUGUUUACAGAUGCAUAUGGAUUUUUUAGGUGAGCGGAAACCAGCAUCAGAAACUGGUUUACCGGAGUCAUCUAACGACUGCCUCGUGUUAAAUAUCUUUUCCACUCCGGAUAAUCUAGACGGUAAUACGUUCGGUGGAGACCCUAAUAAAGUGACAUUAUUUGGAGGUUCGGCAGGCGGGGCAAGUGUGAUAUUCCAAGCAAUGUAUCCAGGAAAUAAAGGACUGAUUAAGAGAAUUAUCCCCCAGAGUGGGAGCGUAACAUGCCCAUGGGUUUAUCAGCGAGAUUCAUUACAAAAUGCCAAACGUAUAGCUAAUCUAGUAGGAUGUCCAACUGACGUAGAAACCUUCCAACUUGCAUCUUGUCUAAGAAAAUAUUCCCGAUGA